AUGAACACACACCCGGAGCAGUGGGCAGCCAUUUAUGCUCGGGGAGCAGUUGGGGGUUCGGUGCCUUGCUCAAGGGCCCCUCAGUCGGGGUAUUGCCGACCCGAGACUCGAACCAACAACCUUAGGAUUAGGAGUCAAACUCCCCAACCAUAAGGCCACGACUUCCCCAAGAAAAGUAAUCUCAUCUGAAUCAGGAGAGAAAUCUGCACAGAUCAAACACCUUUUAUAAGCAGUCCAAAACAGUUCUAAACAACUAUGGAUUUUGAUGUGAGAGAACAACAGUGAAUGGACUUUUUCUCAAAAGGAUGGGUUAUUGAAUUAUGGACUCUGGCCAGAAGUGACAGUUUAAAGUUAAAAUGCCUUAAUGAUAUAUUUGUUUCUUACAAACACGCAUCUUUACGCUUCACAAGAUAUUAAUUGAUGGACUGAAGAGGUGUGGAUUAUUUGUGGAUCAUUGUGAUGUUUUUAUCAGCUGUUUGGACUCUCAUUCUGACGGCACCCAUUCACUGCAGAGGAUCCACUGGUGAGCAAGCUUACAAAUGCUCUGGAAUUAUCAUGACAUUUGCACAUGGAAAAACCAACAAUAAACACAAAAAAAAAAAAAACAAGUUUUUUUUUAAAAGAAAGUGCAAUUUUUCAAACAUGUGUACUGGUUUCUGGACAUGAUGUGAAUUCUGUCAUGUUACUCACUUCACAUGAUUGACACACACACACACACACACUGAAUGGCUCGUCUCCAGCUGCGUUUGGUCUUUCAAACUACAGGAACCAAUUAUUGUUGUACUUGUGCCACGAAAUACUCCAAAGAUUAUUCAUCCCUCCAACACAGACAAAGAUGUUUCCUCCUCUCCUCCCUUCUUCUCUUCUCUUUUCAGAUGGUCUGCGCUCUUUUCUGAAGCCGUGAUUGAUGCCUCUGACCUGGUGACCCAGAGUACGUAUGACUGAUCUCUGUGCCAGCCAACCACAAAGCCCGAUGGCAUUGAUUUCCCCUGCUGAUCCCUCCCUUUUGUCUGCGGGGAUUAUUCCCAUGGCAACGCCGGUGGUCUAUAAGUUUAAACUGCAUGGAUUGGCACCUGCUCCCCUCAGCCACUGAGUCCAUGAUUGCAGAUGUGGCAUUAGCAGCACAGGGGCGAUUCACAGGUGACCCGUCCCAGGAGUACAAGCACACAGAGAUGCGCAUUAAGGGAGAGGGGGAUGAUGCCACGGAGGAAGAGGUCACGAUGAGAGGAGGGGUGUUUGGGUUACACGACACAGAUGGGACUAUAACGAGCAUGCAGCAUUCUGGAAAUAUAAAAGAUGGAAGAAAAUGAACAAAAGCCUAUCUUCUUUGGUUCAUUUGGUGAAAGUGAAUGAGGCGAGUAGAUUGGCAACGACUGUGUCAAACAUCGAUAAAGAUGCGUCUGUAGUGCCACGUGGUGCAUUUACCAAGAGCCCCUGCGGCAACAUGCAGACAAACCGAAGCUUUGGAGGGUCAUGGAGCCUCCAGCUUGAGGGGGGCGGCACUGUGUGUAUAUUACACAGUUUGCUCUGGCUGGGUCUCACCUUCUUCCACGUUCCCCAGACCCCUCAGCAUGGGCACAUCUACAUGGGAGACAGACUUAUGAACCUUGACCUGCCCUUCAUGUUAUAGCAGCCAAAAGGACUUUUGAAGACAGCAAAGGCUUUAAUCUCACUCUAAGUGUUAAUGUGUAAUCAACUCUGUGAUUUACUUGCACUUUAAUUUUAUUUCUGUUAUUUGAUUUCAGGAAAACAUAAACAUGUCAUGUGUUUGGAAAGUUGA